AUGGUUCUGAGCAAGCUGCUUCAGCUGUUUGGAGUAGGCAAGAAGAAGAAGAAGAAGGAUUCCAAGAAGAAAGGAAAGUCCAUCAACCCUGUUUCGCAAGGUGCUGCUCCACACUCUACUCUUAAUAUCCUUGCGAGUAACAGUCUCUUGGAUCCAUGUUCAAGUGGGGCUGGUACGGUGCUAUCAGUGCCAAAGGACGAGCCUGAAUGUUCGAGUAAUAUCUCAUCGAUGAUAAAGGAAGGACAUGGAUCUGAAAAUGAGGAUCACAAGUCAUUUAACCAAUUUGAUGUUGUUCAAGAUUACUCUGACCACCACUAUGCAAAGACUUCACCAGGGAAGACCACGAAAGAUUGGGCGAAAGCAAUCCAAAAUGAAUGGAAGCUUCUGCAGAGAGAUCUACCUGAAACUAUUUAUGUUAGAGUUUAUGAAGAUAGGAUUGAUCUUAUUAGGGCUGCCAUUGUUGGGCCUGCUGGAACUCCAUAUCAUGAUGGUCUGUUCUUCUUUGAUGUUUGUUUUCCUCCUGAAUACCCGCGAUGUCCACCGAAAGUUCAUUUCCAUUCGAGUGGGCUUCGGCUUAAUCCAAACUUGUACGAGAGUGGUAAAGUUUGCCUCAGCCUGCUGAACACUUGGUUAGGUUCUGGAUCUGAGAAGUGGGGCAAGUCAAAUUCCACCAUGCUGCAGGUGUUGGUCUCCAUCCAGGGCCUUGUGUUGAAUGAUAAACCAUACUUUAAUGAGCCAGUCAUCUUUAGCUCUAAAGAAAAGCAUUCCCUUGGAUAUAAUCAGACUGCAUUUGUCCUAACCUGCAAGUUGAUGUUGUAUUUACUUCAGAAGCCUCCAAAGCAUUUUGAGACCCUCAUUGUGUGCCAUUUCCAUGAGCGGGAGCGGGCCAUCCUAGAGGCAUGCCGUGCAUAUGGUUCUGGCAUGGUCGUCGGAUCAUCGGUCAAGGAUGGCCGGACUUACCUCCGCAACAAGUGCUUUGCGGGUUUCAAGAAGUCCCUGGAUGCCCAGGCUGAACUUCUCGCGAAGGAGCUAGCCGCAAACAGACUUCGUGAGCUACAACUGAAGAGAGUGGUGCCUGCUGCAGAUAAGACCAUGUCUACCAGCUAG